AUGUCUGGAGUAGAUUACCAGGUUGCCCCUGGAUCAGAUGACAAACGGUUCUUGACACCAAACCCCAAGAACACUUCUGCGAACGCCAGAAGACCAUCAACGUCUCACGAGAGCGUACGGUCAACGACAUCAUCUGUCCACUCCCGACGCCGAAAGUCUUCCAGCGUUAGUCGUAAGCAAUAUGUCCGCGAGCCUGGUCUUGAACAAGCCAUUUCCGCCCUUGGUACCGUCCGGCUCAAUGCUAGCCAAGUCCGGUGCACCUUUAUCGUCGCAUACCACCAUGGCACAGGAUCGUCGCCCGCAAAAAGUCGGCGGCACGAAGUCGCUCGCAUUGAAAACUUGACGGUAGAGUUCGAGGAAGAUGCAGCGUUCGACGAACUACACGACAAGGCUAUUGAGCAUCUAGUCAAACAAUACAAACGGACCACCGAGGCUUACUACCUUAAAGUGGGACGGUUCAGGCUGAUUCGUGAAGAGCCUCGAACGGUAGCAGCUCGAGGCAUCUUGGAGCGGAAGGACGACUGGACGGAAAAUCUGGGUCGAAACAUCCAAGCGUUCCGUGGUCAGAACUUCAAGGUGGACUUCCAUGUCGACAUUGAGUGGGAAUACUCAAGUCUGCACAUCCAACAGGUUCCAGGAACUCUGUAUGCCGAGACCAUUCGUGGUGCCCUCGAAAGCAAGAUCCGUCUCAACUGGGAAGGCAAACUUUAUGUUCCAAGGAAAGAUCUUCGACAGAUAAUGACUGAAGAUACUAUCAAGAAGCUGGUUCUCGACGACCAAAGUCUCCAUACUCCCGAAGCCCUACGCCUAAACGGUGGAUCUCCGGUCGAACUGAACACUCUAGCCAAAGAUAUCUACACUUGGGCUGUGUGUUUGUUGGCCUGGUGCGUCUAUUCCGACUUGCAACUGGUGUGCCUGUACCACAUGCUCAAGAAGGGUCUCCAAGACACCAAUCUACCUCUCACGAUCGACAACUGUCCAGACAAUGCCUACAUUACAAAGUUUAGAAACUGCGUGAACCACUCGGGAGGGUUCGCAGCCUACACGUUCGCCCGGAACGAAAAGCGCCUGGUCGACCAUCAAGUACUACACGAUGGAGCUGUGGUUCCCAUCAUCUUUGACGAGCGAGACCCAAGGUGCAAGUUGGGUCAAGGCAGCUUCGGAGUUGUGUAUAAGGUCCGCAUCGACAGAGACCACCAUUCCUUUUCCGACCGCGACGAUGAGUAUUUUGCCUUUAAGAUAUUUCGCGAUGUCGACGCGAAUGUCGCUGCCAACGUCAAAGCCGAGUCCGAGAUACUCGCCAAGUUGGCCGAUGCCCCACACAACAACAUCACGACUCACAUAGCGUCAUGGAGACAAAAGGGAGUUUGUUACAUGUUGUUCAGAUGUGCGGAUUGCAACCUGCGGAAAUACAUGACCGACAACCCUUCCCCAGAAUGGACCAAGGCCAAGUUGGUGGCCGUUAUAUCCCAGAUGGCGGGCCUUGCCGAUGGCUUGAAUCACAUUCACAACCUGGGCCCUGCGAAGCUCCAGCCGGAAGAGGUCGAUCUUGUAGCUCGUGGAGGUGGUGGCAGCCACCACUACCACCGACGCUCGAGUCAAUCAGGGUUUCACCAUGAUUUAAAACCGGGAAACAUCCUGGUGACCACCAACGAGGACACGGGCCAAUUGUUGUUUUCCAUCAGUGACUUUGGCUCCGCGAGGAUCGGUCAGAUCUUGUCCGGCUCUGGACAACGCAGCACGUUCACCCCGAAUAUGUACCCUGGCGAUCCUGUCUACGGUGCUCCCGACGUCCUCAUCGACGGUAGGAACUCCCGCCCUUACGACAUAUGGUCGAUGGGUUGCAUCCUUCUGGAGUUGCUGACGUGGAUGGUGGGCGAGGAGGGAUACGACGUGAGAUCGUUUGAGAUGAAGCGACUCGAAACCCUGGCCAAUGCCUACGGCAACCAGGACACAGCGUUCUGGUAUCAGGACAUCUCCGGCGAGAUCAGGUUGAAACCGGCCGUGGUCGACCAGCUGAAGAUGCUCAAGACGUACUGUCGGGGACGAGGGGUGUUUCCCGAAUUGGUCCGCCUGACAGGAAGGCUGCUGAACAUCCACCCUCGCGAACGUCCUGACGCUUCACAGCUGUUGAACGCUUUCCAGGCGAUUCUGCUACAACUCAACCAGGACCUGAAGAAUGAGAAUUUCUACUUGAGUGGCAAUGAUCCGCCGCCGCCGCACAGGGUCACUCUGGCGGCUCCCCCCACCCCGACCGGAGCCUUGGGUGGUCUCUCUAGAACUCACAGUAUCGACGAGGGUGGUGUCCAAGCACGGUACUCUGAAUCGCUUUCACCAGCAGACACGAGAACAACACAUCAUAAUACUAAUAGACGGUCAACGGUGGGGUCCAUCCAUCCUCCUGACGUCGGAUUGAGAAGAACGGCAGCCGCCGCCGGCGCCGGUGGUGUUGGUGGUCACGCGAGACACUACAGCGCUUCUGAUGCUUUGGGCUUACGACGGCCACCGACACGGCUUCGAACCGAUGUUGUCGAUACAUUUGCCACUGCUGCUCAUUCUUCCGGCUUUACAGACAGCAGUGAUCAACCCGAGACGACUCCCAAUACUCCUAGGAUAUCACUUUCGGAUUAUGAUGACGAUCCAGAUCGAGUUGUGGUGUUCGAUUGA